CACACCUUCAAAUUCAAUCAAGUUUUCGUAUUUUAGAGGGAAAAACGACUGAUAAUUGAGUUGCAACAGAGGAGGAGAGAGAGAGAGAGAGAGGGAGUGAGUGCACAGAUGCUUUGCAAAUGGGGAAAUCCGAACCCCAAUUGCCAAUUCACCACCAACAGGAGCAGAAUCAUCAUGGGUCUUAUUUGUUUGUUCGAUGUUCGAUGGGUUUCUCGAGAAUUGAUCGAUUGUUUAGUUUCAAAUGCGUUUUUGUUUUGCUUCUCAGCGUUGCCGUUCUCCUCACAGCUGUUUUUUCCAUCUUUCAUUUGCACCACAGACAAUAUGGGUUUGAUGUAAAAGCUUCAAUCAAGCACAGUGCCACAAUACAGGCAUAUUUCAGACUACAAAAGCCUGUUGCAUAUCUUCUUCCUCAAAUCACAAGACUAGAAUAUGACAUUUAUGCAGAAAUCGGUGUUCCUUACACAAAGGUUGCUAUCUUAUCUAUGCACAAAGCAAGUGCAUCUGACUGGACCCACGUGGUGUUUGGCGUUCUUUCUGAUCCCAUGAAUUCUUCAAUAAAUGCCGUAUCUAUAAGCGUGAUAAGAUCAUCUUUAGUUGAGCUGUUCAACCAACGUUCCAACUUGACAUUAACGACAUCCAUUUUCGGACAGCCAUCAUCGUUUGAGAUUUUCAAGUUUCCUGGUGGGAUCACAGUUAUCCCUAAGCAAUCUGCAUCCUUUUGGAUGCUACCACAAGCCCUCUUCAAUUUUACCCUCCCUAAUUCUCUGCGUGAAAUUGAAGAGAACUUUGUUGAGCUGAAGGAACAGCUAAAAUCGGGGUUGCACCUAAAGCCUUAUGAGAGUGUAUAUAUGCAAGUAACAAACAAAGCCGGCUCAACCAGAGACCCCCCGGUUACUGUCCAGGCAUCAAUCGUGUCGAACCUAGGGAACCUUGUGCCUCUAAGAUUGAAGCAAUUGGCCCAAACAAUAACAGGAUCACCCUCUGCAAGAAACCUUGGCCUGGAUCACUCUGUUUUUGGUAAAGUGAAGGAAAUCAGUUUAUCUUCUUAUCUGUAUCAUACCCUCGAUGCACCUUCGCCUUCCCCAGCUCCGUCUCCAUUGCUUAACUAUUAUGCAGAACCCUCUAUUUCCCCCUCUCCAUCUCCAGUCUUUUCUUCACCAAGCCCCCAAAAUGGGCAUGAUCAAUCUUCACCUCCUCUUGCAAAUGCCCCAGUGGAUCAUUCUUGUGGUGGGUCCCAUAUCUUCCCCAGCCCACCACCAAUGAAUGUUCCUGUCCCACAUUCUCUUCCUUCUGCACCUCGGCAUUCUAUUAGUCCACCACCGGUGCAUCCAAGGUCAGAAAUGCCCCCAGAUUUUCCUUCGUUACCAGCUGUAUCCUAUGGCUCACAUCCUGGCCAAGAUCAAGGGGAUCAGAAAGGCUCAGUGGCUCCACCAGUUUCGGUCUCACCAUCAUUGUCUUCUUCAGCAACUGGUUCUUUGAAUCACAUAACCUGGCCUCUGUUCUUCUUCUCUACACUUAUGACACUCCAAACUUUAUGCAGAUCCGCCGACUUACAGUUUUGCUAAAAGUAUAGUAGAAACCGUUCGCUAAUGGAUCUUUUGGAGCUUCAUAACUCAGCCAUACACACUGAUACACACACACAUUGUACACGAACCAGAAAAACGUUGCAGGUCGAAGCCAAAUGGUGGCAGGCCGCUUUCUAUUCCACGUUAUGGAAGACAAAUGGGGAUGUUUCCCGAAGGGAAUCGUUCUUUAAGAUGGCAGGUAAUAGAGAAGUUUAAUGUUUCAAAGAAAAGGUUGUAACUUAAGUUGGUUGUUGUUUUUGAGCUAAAGAAAUGAAGAUCACAACUCUGUUGUGAAGGAAAUGAGAUGCAUCUUAAUCA